CUGACCGCUUUUACCCACCGAGAAGAUUUUGAGGCCGUGACGUAUUUACUGACGGGGACGCGCGAGUUUUCACACCGGUGCUCCAUCUGCUUGCGAGGGCGACUAUUUGUGGAGACAAACGCGCCUCGCACUCGAGCCGCUCUGACCGUUUUCUUUCCAUUAGUGGCCGCACUUGCCACUGAACCAGCCCGCCUCUCCUUCACUUCACUCGCCGGCAGAGAAGAGCAGGAGUCUUGCUCUCAGUUUGCCACUUUCACCUUGUGAGACUGUGAACUUUGUGAAAAAUAUCUAAAGUUUUUGGACUCUUUUUUUUUCCACCCCCAAACAUAAAAAUUGAGAUUUACGAUGCUGGAUCGCUGCAACCGAACAGUUUCAUCACUGCUCUUAAGAUGCCUGGCUUGUCUUGUGGUCACCUCUGUUGUUACUGCAGACGGUCGGGUGUUCGUGUUGGACUUGAGAAACUCUUCUGGCUCGCUGGGCUUCAGAGAUGCUGAGCGGGCGUGUGCCUCACAACAAGCUCGCUUGGCAUCAGCGGAGGAGCUCCGUCAUGCUGUGGAGGAGUGCUUCUUCUCUCCGUGCACGCGUGGAUGGCUCCACGGAGGCACAGUGGGGACCACAGUGUGUAAUAUUGUGGGCAGCGCACUGAAAGCCGUGGACGUGAGAACAGAAAAUGUCACAGCGGACACAGCACACCUGGAUGCCUUCUGUGUCAAAGAUAAGGGUGUGCCAUGUGGAGACCCGCCGUCUUUUCCUAACACCCGUCUGCAGGGUCACUCUGGCUUUGAGAUGGGUGACGAGCUGCUGUACACGUGCGUGCCAGGUUACGUGAUGCCCAGUGGACACAGUGCCUUCAGCCUGCUCUGUGACAGCUGUGGAGAGUGGUAUGGACUGGUGCAGAUUUGUGUCAAAGAUGAGACUGAAACUCACAUAGACUAUGAGGACAAGUACACAGAUUCUUAUGAAGAAGAAGAAGAAGAGGAAGGAGAAGAAGAAGAACAACAACACCAUACCGAAAGACCAGAGGAGGCUCAUGGCGAAGUGUACGAGGAGGUACACGGAGCUGCAUACUCAGACGGGAAGAUUAGCCAGGAGCAACAAGAGACGAGCUACGGCCUUGUGGAAUAUCAAGACCGGCACGGAGAGCAUGUUGUGGAGGAGAAAAAAGACCGGGCUGUUGAAGACUUUGUAGGACAUCCGACGUGGGAGCAGGAGAGGAGGCAGGUGGUGAGAAUAGAGGGUGCUACAGCCACAGAAGCACCUGUCUCUCUUCUCUCCCAGAAGCACAUGUUCUGGUUCCCCUCUGAGGCCUUUCAGGAGGAGGGACAGUCUGUGUCCACAAAUCCAGGCACCCAAUCAGUGGAGAGCAAAGAACAAGAGAGCCAAGAGAGGCACCAGCACCACGAUGAUGCCGAUGACCAUGAUCAUGAGACAGAAAGCUACGGCGAUCGUGAGCCAGAUGACAGAGACGAUCACGAUGACAGCCGACACUAUGAUCAAGACGACCAUGACAGUCACCACGAAGAAGACGAUCAGGACGAUGUUGUACAGCAGCAUGUCCCAGCGCAACGUGACGAUCUGGACCGAUGGGACCACCAUGACGACGACAACGACGACCACAGUGAUCACUAUGACAUGGGAGAACAUGAAGACGGUCGAGUUCCCUAUGGCAGUCGGGAGUAUCACGAGCGAGACGAUACUUACGAUGACCAUGAAAGCUACGAGAACCACGAGGAUGAGACUGACGAUCAUGACGCUGAUGCUCGAGAGCCCCCCGAAGUCUCAAGGGAGCAUCCAGACCAUGAUGAUGAUGAUGGUGAGAAGCAGUAUGAUCUGGAGGACAACGCCGAACAUGACGAUCAUGUCCAUGAUGACCAUGACAGCUUUGAAGAGCAUGAGAGCCAUGAAGACGAUGGUGACGAGCAUCCACAUGUUAUCUUUUCUGUAGCGACAGAUGUGCCUCAGAACGUCACCAAGAAAGGAGCAGGAGACAAGACAACGACAGAUGAGACCUGGCUUGAUGGCUACCCUGUCAUUCCAGUGGGGGCAGAAAAAGGAGAGUCCACAACUGAGAGCGUGAAACCAGAGCACAGAGAGAAGGGAACACUUGACAGGACAACAGAUAGACCCAACGACGUGGAAAUUCGUAGACCUCUCCCUGACACAAUCUCACCAGAGGAACACGAAUCUCCUACUGUAGAGUCUGGUAAAGCUGGAGGGAUGGGGGUUUGGCCUGGCUUCAUCCACACUCCUGCUCCGUACCCUGAACUUUUAGACCCCUCAGACUCCACCUCAUACUCUGACACGCUUGACUAUGACACACAACAACCAGCUCCCACUGACUCCUGGCAUGGAGACCUUACCGAGCACCCGUUCCUCAAACAAGGCCCAGCUCCUCCGGUGCACGACAACGACGUCCUCUCUGGAGUGAUGGAGGAGCACAACCUGCCCGGUGAGACUGGCGAGAGGGGGGAGAUGGAGGGGGAGAUCGGGGAGACGAUCUGUAUAGGUGAUAACUGCCCUCCCCUUCCUCCAAGCUCCUCCCUCCACGGUCCCACAGUUAUCGCCAUAAUCGUGGCAGUGUGCGCGGUAGCCGCGGCCGUCAUUGUUGGAGUGUGGUGUUACCGACGUCAGCAGCAGAAGAGCUCGAUGUAUGAGAUGAACGGGAAGGGCCAGAGUCACACCAGACACGGCCAGCAGAUAGAGAUGCAGCAAAAAGUGUAGGAGCCAGGGAUGUGGAAAGAAGGACACUGGCAGAGGGCAGAGACGUUCAGGAGGAAGUGGGAUGAUUCAGAUGAAAGCAUGGCCCCUCAUGUCACCAUUGAAGUUGUUAGAUGGGUAUGAACAAAACAACCCCCACAUUUAAAGAGCUAAACAUUUCCCCAGUGAUUCAGAAUUCAUUGGAGGACCUCUUUUCUCCUGCUUAUCAAGUCUAAGGAAAUUCUCCCACCUUUGUCAUACUUAUUCAAAAUAUUUGAAGCUCUAGUGUGUGGCGGGGGUGGUUUAGUGGCUAUGUCUGGACUGGACUCAGAUCCAGGAACUGGUAAAAAAAAAGAAAAAAGAAAAAAGGGAUUGCAAUGAAAUGACCAGGUUCGAAAACUCCCAAGAUGGCCUGCCUGCCUGAAUAGAACUGAGACUUUAUUCUCUAAAGCUCUUGGAUUAUUGUCUGUAUUACUUUUGCUGUCAUUUAUGUUGACUUACAUUUUCAAUGUGUGCUGUUCUGGAUUUCUGGAUUUAAAUCUUUUGUUUUGUUUGCUGCGUUUAUAUAAAAAAAAACUGAAUCCAUGUCAGUCUCUCUGAAGUUAAGAUAACUUCAGACGAUCACAGAAGCCUUGGACAGUUUGUUUCCAAAAACAGACAACGGUGAUGAUGAUGAUGGUGGCGUUUAGUGGUAUGAGGAGAAAUAAAAGGGGAAAAUAAAAUGAAAACAAGGCUGGGAAAUGGUGAGAGUGAUUGGUAUGAUGAGAGAGACAUUUUGUGACUCUCCAGCCUCUGUUGGUUUUGACAGUCAGCUGGUGAGAAAUUUAGAGCGGGUGUCCAGACUGCAGACUCAGCCCUGUGUGUGUGUGUGUGUGUGAUCGAGAGCGUAUGUGAUAUGUGUGUGUGUGCACAUUUGUCUCAGGUUUGUGUAAUCCGCUCAGCAGUGCGGCGAGUUUGAAGGAGCAGAGUGGAUGCUGACGGCAUUCAGACCAGAGAUCAUACAUUGUGGUGCUGCCAUGGCAACAGACAGAAACAACCCAAAUGUUAAAGUUCGAUUAAAUGCGUGACUUUUUGUUUAUUUUUGAUAAAAACAGAUCAACUGGAGAGAUUUGGGUUAAAAUUGGCUCCUCGACAUUAUCAUAUCAUAUCAGGUAUGAGGUCUUAAUGUUUCAUGGUUCAUUUUCACACUGUUCUCUCAUGAUAAAUGUCUUGAUGAAUAUUUUUAAGUAGUUUGUGUUUACUUACUUAUUUUCUGACAGAUUAUUUGUUGUUGAUUGUUUUUUAGGUUUUUUUCAAAGAUACAUAUUCCUUUAAUUUGUUGAGCAAAAUUAUGAAAUUUCAGUUAAAACGUUAUGUGAGUCAUUUGAUAAAUGUGGUUGUCUUCUCCUGGGCUAAAAGCUUUUACUGUGGUCCUGUAGCAUUCUGUAUAGUCCCGUAUGAUAAUGAAAAAAUCAAGAAAAGGUGCAAAUGUGAUCAAAGUCCAGUAGUUACAAGAGGGUUUUAAUUUAGAUAUUAGAGUUUGUUAUUCUUGUCAUGCACACGGACUACAAAAUAUUAGAAUGAUUUAAAUUGAAGUGCUUUACUUACUAUAACUGACAACACAGGGUGGUGACUGGUCAGCAAAGCAGAUAUUAGUGACCUCAGUCAUGAAUGUUAAUUCAACAUAUGUUUCCAACAUAACGUCUCGGCUGGUUUAUAAAAAGUGUUUUUGUUUUGUUUUGAAAUAAGAGUUUGCUGGAUUUGGUUCAUUUCAUUAACUAUUUCUAUGUUGUGGUACGUGAAUAAUACAUUAACACUAUUCGUGGGUGAGGGCAUGCGUUAUGUCUAUGUUUGUGUGUAAAUAUGAUGUUAUGACCCAAUUAACUUGCUGUACAUACUUGUAAGCAUCGCUAAGACAAGCACAGUUCACGUUAGACAUGAGCUCCUCUCGUCUUUUCUGGGAGUCGACUCAUUUCCACCACUAUGAAUCUCACCCACUGCCUGUUACAUGUACUUCUCCACUCUGCUGUUGAAAAACAAAGUACUGUAUAGUCCCAAUAAUCGGCUGCUGGGGUAACACUUUAAUGAAAACCAGAUACCAGAUUGACCACAUGAUCUGACACCUCCGGACUGACAUUAAUCAAUCAUUAGAAUAGUUUUAAUGUUACUAGUGUUGAAUUUUGUAAUUUUGUGCAGAUGCUUGACGUGCAUGAAAUCCAAUUAAGUAAAACAUCAAUUUAUCCUUUAUUUCAAGCAGCCUGGCGUGUGUGUGUGUGUGUGAUGUCAGACAGAAGUGUGUACUGUACAGUUUAUGUGUUCUCUUAGUCUCAAUAAACUUCUAAACAUGUGA